CGUCCCAACCUCCCCGUUCGAUGGCUCCAGACGAAAUGAAACAUAUCCGUCAUUUGUGGCUAUUUUCACACCGAUUGGCCUAAUCGGGAAGACAUUUUGUAUCGUCCAUUCGUUUUUGGUGAAAUUGGACACCGCUGAUGCGUCCAAGUCCUCCUGUGGGCCGUGCCGCGGAGGGAUACAUGUGUGGAAGCGACAAUGUGGAGGCUGUUAAAAUGUCGACUUGGAAAAUGAAGUCGCUUCAAUUUCAGCGAGAUUAAGAAAACGCUGCAAUGGUUUAGUUAUGCGUUUAGUUAUGUUUCCCGUCAGAGACGUGUUUUUACUUUCCUAACGAAGACAGCGUCGAGGCGGCGGAGUGUUUGAAUCUUGGCUUUCCUCAUCUUCCUCAAGCAGUCCGGAGGAGCGCGGAGGGAAAGAUCAAAGAUCCUGUUUAUAAGUUUCUUUUUCUCGCAUCUCCGCUCCUUUACUUCUCUUUCUUGGAUGCGACACAACUGAGCCAAGUGGCUUGCUGAGACUGAAAGCAGCAGAGAAUGACUGCAGUGGGCACAGACAAGGAGCUCAGCGACUUGCUGGAUUUUAGCGCGAUGUUUGAGCUUCCAGUUUCAAGUGGCAAAAAUCGGCCAACUACACUUGCCAGCAGUCAGUUUGGAGGUUCAGGGGUUGAUGAAAGGAAUGGGUCAAGUUCUUGGGGGCCCGGAGAACAGAACAGUCCAUCGUUCAGUCAGGGAAGGUGUUUUGCUGAAGAGGGCAUUUAUAGUGAGCAAGAUGGCAUUCCACAUGGCACCGUAUUUGGCACAGGGAUCACUGGGAAGGCAGAGAGAGGACCAUACUCGUCAUUUGCAACGCAGCCGGGCUUUAUGCCCAGUGCUGAUGCCCUUUCCCCUUCUGGUUUGAAGCCCUCGUCACAGUUUUAUUCCUCUUAUGAGAGCAACAAUCCUCGCAGACGACCCGCACAAGACCCCGUUGAUUCGCAGCCAAAAAAGAUCCGGAAGGUGCCCCCUGGCCUGCCUUCCUCUGUUUGUACCUCAGCCUCAAGUGAUGAAUUUAACAGGGACAAUGUUGGCUACUCUGCUUCCAAAGCAGGAAGCAUUUACCCACCACCCUUCUACAUGCAAGAAGGCCUCCACCCACCCUCUGAUUCAUGGGGUUCUGCUGGGUCGAUGGUUCAGCCUGGUUAUCCUUCCAUGCUGGGUAACCCCCCCCAUCUGAGCCAGCAUGGUCCCUUCACUGCCAUCAACCCCCAAGACAGACUGAAACGUCAGCCACUGCCCCUCUCACCCCAAAACUACCCCCUACAUGGCAGUGAAGUGAACGGGGCUCACCCGGCUGGUUUCCACUCUGGCUCCAACAGCUAUGGCGUUCCAAGUCACACGCCUCCUAUUGCUGCCAAUCGGGGAACAGUACCUGGAAGUUCUGGUGAUGAGAUUGGGAAAGCGCUGGCAUCUAUCUAUCCUUCAGACCCCAACAGCAAUGGCUACUCUUCGUCCCCAUCCACCCCUUCUGGUUCUCCUCAGGCUGCAUCAGUAUCUGCCUCCCAGUGGACAAGAUCUUCUGGCCAAGCUACACCUUCACCUAGCUUUCAUGGGGGACUUCAGGCAAUGCCUAAUAAACUGGAGGACCGCCUGGAUGAAGCUCUUAACGUUCUUCAGCGCCAUGCCAGUGGGCAAGGAGGAGCAGGACUAGCUGAGAUGCAGAGUCUGCUGGCAUCUGGUUUGGGCUUACCUCCAGCCUUUAGCAGUGCAGCACUCGGCCUUGCCAGUCGCCUGCCUGGCCUGCUCACCGGUCACCUUGAGGACUCUGCGAGACUGCCCUCUAGUGGAGGACUUGUGCAUGGUCACCACGGCUCCACGUCUGCUCUGCCAGGCUCUCAGACUGAUAGUUUCACCAGUAGGUCCUUCUUUGCUGUGAGAAAUAUUGAGAAACUUAUACCUUCCGUCCUGUGUUUUUUAAUGACAGGCUUGGUGAACAGCCUAAGUCGUUCCAGUGGCGCUGACAUUAAACGAGAGAGCAAGCAGGACGAUGACAACUGCUCCAUGACUGACAAGUCAGAGGACGAGAACAAAGAGCUAAAUGCCCAUCUUCUAUCAAGUCUGAAUGAUGAUGAGGAUGACGAUGAUGAAGACCUACCAGUGGAGAUUAAAGCUGGGCGGGAGAAAGUGCGCAGGAUGGCAAACAAUGCCCGCGAGCGGCUCCGUGUGCGGGACAUCAACGAGGCCUUUAAGGAGCUGGGCCGCAUGUGUCAGCUCCAUCUGAACUAUGAGAAACCGCAGACCAAAUUGAACGUACUCCAACAGGCCGUUAACGUUAUUCUCAACCUGGAGCAGCAAGUCCGAGAGCGUAACCUCAACCCAAAGGCUGCCUGCCUGAAGAGAAGAGAGGAGGAGAAAGUGUCGGGUGUGGACCCUCAGAUGCAGCUGGGUGGGGGUCUCUGAGGUGACACUAUAAGCCAUAUGUAAUUCCAAGCCGUUUGAACACGUGGCCUUAAUCUCUGCUUGUGACGCACCGGAGUGUUCUUUGGACAGACUAAGAAGGGCCACAAUGACACAAAUGUGUGUUCAUCUUUACACCUUUCACCCAAGGACACCAAUGUGAAGACACCAUCAUGUUUUUCCAAGACUUUCUUAAGAAAAGAAAGAAUGCUUUAUGUUUUUGGAUCAGAAAGACAUUUGGGAUCAUUUACAACUUUGAUUCAAGUUGGUAUUAUCUGUUAAAUAUGUGGCAUUCUCCCCUGCCACGGAGGUCCUACAUCUUGAAGAAGCAAAGGAAGACAUGUUCCAUCAACAACCUCCAUCCAUGUUGGAAGCCUCUCGUAGAAAGAGGGGUCUGAUAUAGAUAUAUAUACAGUAUAAAUUAGGGCUGCAACUAACCAUUCAUUUGAUAAUCGAUUAAUCUGUCGAUUAUUACUUCGAUUAAUAAUCGGAUAAAAGAGACAAACUACAUUUCUAUCCUUUCCAGUAUUUUAUUGGGGAAAAAACGCAUACUGGCACCAGACUUAUUUUGUUAAUUGUUUCUCAGCUGUUUGUACAUGUUGCAGUUCAUAAAUAAAGGUUUAAAAAAAAAAAAAAAAAAAUUACCCAUGCGCAUAGCAUAGAUCCAACGAAUCGAUGACUAAAUGAAUCAUCAACUAUUUUGUUAAUCGAUUAGUUGUUGCAGCCCUAAUAUAUAUAUAUAUUUCUUACUCUGCUUGAUGAGGUAAUACUGACCUGUCUGGUGUUUUUCCUCCUCGUAAACCGUGGAUCCUACGGGUCACUGCCAUGCAAGUGGAAUGAAAAGACUCCACAGCUUCUAGACUUCAUGUGUUCAGAUCUGGUCUUAGCACUCAUCCUGGACAGUCCAUUCACAAAAGGGGCAUUUUUUUUCUUGUUUUAGAAACAACAUGCGACAUAUUUUGCUUCAGUAACUUUCUUUCUUAGAUAAGUGUCAGACCAUGAUACAGUCUUGCAAUUAAGAAUAUUAUUAUUUCAUGCAGAUGGCCUUUUGAACUCCAGUUGGACCAAUCAGGAUGCAGAUUAUUUCCAGGUCUGAGCGCUUCCAAUUUGUAAUGGAAAACAUACGUGAGUGUUGAAAGGGAUCAUGAGGUUUGAAAUCCUAAGUAAGUAAGUUGCCACUAUUGACUUGCACGCUUGUUUUUUUCUUCCAUUUUGAACAACUGCAAAGCCUCUUUGUAACGAUCUUCCUUUUGUAGAACUUGUUAGCCAUGUUUUUAUGUUCAUGUUUUUCCCCCCCACUUUGUAAAAUAGUUAUGGAGAGUUGGGGUUUAUACAUUUGGGAUGAUUCUUUCUUUUUUGUUUACAUUGUUUGAAUUGAAGACAACCUUUUUUAAGAUUAUGGGAACAAAGUGAGGUGUUGUGCCAGGUGCCUGCAAAUGUUAGAAAUGACAACAGUCUGGCUUGUAAUGUCACAUGUUGUGAUAACCUUUUUUCUUCUUUCUGUGCAAACUUGGCAUUUGUAUUUCAAUUCCUCACCUAUUUUGAAACAGUAUUUAGGGUUUUUCUCCAUAAUGUCCGAUGUUAGUUCAUUUGAGGUGGUGGCACAAUUCAACUCAAUUCUAAUAGAAAUCAUCAUCCUGAAUUCAUAAGGGGGGCUUAGUCAUUUCCCUGACUUUGGGGAGUUUUAUAAUGGUUACUCACCAGUGCCUGAAUAUUCCUGUUACACAUUGCAUAUAAUAACACGGGUUUAAAAGAUGUAGUUCAGCUGAAGAAUUUAUUGAGGCUGACCAACAACCUGGUCUAUAACUGGUCAAAUACUUAGUGAUUUAUAUUUGAAUUUGUUUUAAUCAUGUACAUUCAUAUGUAUGAUAUAUCAAGACAAAAACCUUACACGGUGAUGUGUAACCUUAUUUGUCUCACUUGCUGAGUAUGCCUAUGAAUGGCCCCUAACUUUUAUUUUGUCUGAAAAGAAGUCUUGUGAUUACCUUGCAAAUGAUCACAAAUGACUUGUAUUUGUUUAUGUAAAUGUUUUUUUUACAGUUUGCAAGUAUAAAAGCAUACCAUUUUCUUUAUUAGAGAACUUUUUGUCAUCUACAGCAAAUGACUUCCUACAGCUCUUUCUGUCUUUAUGAAUAUUUGAGGGCAAUAUCUGUGUAGGCCAUGUCCUCAGAGUGCCUCCACUUUCCUAUUUUUAUAUAUAAAGUAGAUAUUGACAACUGUUGUGUAUAUAACAGUAAUGUAGCAAUAAAUGUGCCAUUUUUAAUA